GUUCGACAUCAGUUCAUCGGCAAACACGCAAUAGGAUCUAGAGCCAAACUCAUAGAGAGAGACUCGGGCCGAUUCCAAACGAAUACAGAUAGGCAGCGGAAUAGCCACUCCAACCAUGUCAGGGGGAACAGAUGCCGUCCCAGUCAAGGUUCUCUUGAUCACCGUCUUUCAAUCUAUUAUCGAGGUCGUCAUCCUAUGUGCGGCGGGCUAUAUCUUGGCUCGAGCCGGAAUUCUCGACAAGCCUACCCAGAGAAAGCUCAAUGUCGUCAACGUCUCGUUGAUGACCCCGGCAUUGCUGUUCUCCAAGGUGGCCUUCUCGUUGACCCCUUCAAAGCUCAAAGAAAUGUGGAUCAUCCCUCUCGGCUUCUUCAUUGUCACGAUCGUCUCGGCUGGGGUGGCGUUCGGCUUGGGUACGGUGUUUAGGUUGAAGAAGAGUCAGAGGGCGUUCGCCAUGUGUGCGAGCAUGUUUCAGAACAGCAACAGUCUGCCCAUCGCGUUGAUCCAGUCGCUUGUCGUCGAGGUGCCUGGCUUGAAAUGGGGUGAUGAUGACACCAAGGAUGCCAUGCUCGGUCGAGCUUUGGCCUAUCUGGUCGUUUAUUCUACUCUGGGUAUGAUGUUACGAUGGUCUUACGGCGUCAAGCUCCUUUCGAGCGCCGAUGAAGAGCAGACGGAUGUCACCACGGAACAGGUCACCAACACUAUUCUCACGGAAGAACCCCAGACCCUUGACAACCCGGGCAGCGGCGAGCCUCAUCCGGCGGCGAGGGAGACGGACCCGUUGUUCUCGAGCGUCGAUCGUAUCAAGGCCGACGAGAGGGAGGAGACUGCGAGCAGGUCAUCCGCGGAUGGGUGGAAGCCUAGUGUGGGGUCUCCCGGUCUCAACGGAAGUGGGAAUGGCGCCUUGCCCAUCUCGGCCCAUACGCUCGAGACGGUUCGGGAAGGUCGACGAUCGAGUCCCAGCCCUAACGCUCGGACGACUUCUUUCGGUGCCGUUCACGGAAGUGGACCCGGAUCUCGACCUUAUCCUCGUCGACCUAGCCAGAUGAGCCGAGCCGAGAGCGGGAGGGAGUUCUGGGGUCUUCCUCAGGCUGGACAGAGUCGGGCGGAUCAGAAGCGGUACGGCCAAAACGGGACGUUGCAUGAUCAUCAAGAGUCUUGUGGCGAUACCAGCGAUAGCGAGGACGAGGACCAGGCGGAUUCAGAGGAUGAGGAAUGGGGCGACCGCAAUCUCCCUUACACUCGCCGUCGUCAGACCUCGGCUCCGUCGCACACCCGCCUGGGUGCCUUUUGGCGUCGGACGAAACACCGAACCAAGUCGAUCCUCCGAAAGGUCAACGAGUUCCUCACGGUCCCCAUGUACAGCGCUCUGUUGUCCAUCUUUAUCGCGUUGAUCCCGCCCUUGCAGAGGUUGUUGAACGAGGCGAAGCCGUUGACUCAGGCGAUCAAGAGCGCUGGGCAGUGUUCGAUUCCCUUGACUCUGGUCGUGCUCGGUGCAUUCUUCUACAACCCUCCAACGCCUGCUGCUUCUACCGACAAGAAACCCAGCUCUGACAACGCCAACGGUAACGGCAACUUCUUGCAACGCAAGAUCGACGCGAUCAAGAACCCUCGUGCGAGCACGACCCAUCCGGGAGAGAACAGGACGGUCUUUGUGGCGGUGAUCAGUCGAAUGAUCUUGGUCCCUGCAAUCUUGUUGCCUGGGGUCGCAUUGGUGGCGAGGUACGAUUCGUUCGAGGCCGCGGCAGAUCCGGUGUUUGUGCUCGCAGCCGUCUUGAUCAUCUCGUCGCCCCCCGCCUUGACCUUGGCCCAGAUCACUCAGGCGGCCUCGGGUGAUGCCUUUGAACGUCUGAUCUCGAAGACUAUCUCGUGGAGUUACGCCAUCUUGACCCCUCCGUUGACGUUGGUGUACGUCGUGUUGGGGUUAGUGUUUGGGCGAUUGUAAGAAGAGGCGUGCGCGAAGCGCGAGGGCGCGAGCAGGAAGGUUUUGGUUUCAUGAACCGCAGGCUUACAACGACAACAACUACUACUUUACAUACCUCGAGGCAGAGAGCACAGUCUAUAUUAUCACACACUGUCCUUGUACCCCAUGUCUGGCAUGUCUAGGGGCAUGUCCAUCAUCAUACACGAGACGAUGACCGACGCAUAGGGUCUGCCAUCGAAUAGACUCUCUACCCCGUGGGGGUGAGGCCCGACUCGUUGUGCCCG